GGUUGGUGAAGUCCUACUUGUUCUAAUAUAAAACCCUAGAUUAUCCUUUAGCUUGACGUGAGGUAUUGGUUUCACUUUUCACCAAUCUCACUCUCUCACUCUCUCUCUCUCUCUCUCAAGUUUCACUCUCUUGAGCAUUGUUCUAUAUAAUGUCACUCAAAAACACACAAGCAACAACAGCACAGCCGCCAUUCAUGGCAUUCUCUCUCCUCUCUCUCCUCGCCUUCUGUCUCCUCCUACCUCCCUCCACCACCGCAAACAUCCACAAAACCACCCACUUCAUACCAGACCUCACCUCUCAUCCCAUUCCCUCCACCAACGCCCCAUCAACCACAUACUUUGAAGUCACCAAACCCAUCAAACUACCCAGAACCAAACCCUGCUCAUACCUCCUCCUCCACCACGAUUUUGGCUACACAUACGGCAAACCACUAGUUCUCUCCAAGUACACCCCCCCUUCCAAUUGCCCAUCUCAAAAUUUCGCCACAAUCGUCCUCGAAUGGAAAGCAACAUGUAAAGGCACCCAAUAUGAUCGUAUUUUUGGGGUUUGGCUUGGCGGCGUUGAGCUUCUCCGGAGCUGCACGGCGGAGCCAACAACCGCCGGAAUUGAUUGGACUGUCAAGAAGGACGUCACAAGGUUUCGUUCUGGGGCUGAUUUGAUCUUACCCAUUUCGCGAAAUUUGCCUUUGAAUGACGGGUUGUGGUUUGAAAUUGAGAAUUCAACUGAUGUAGAAUCAAAGAAGUUCAAGAUUCCCCAAAAUGUGUAUAGGGCUGUGUUAGAGGUUUAUGUCUCAUUUCAUGGGGAUGAUGAGUUUUGGUAUGCGAAUUUACCGAAUGAGUACAUUAUUGCAAAUGACCUUACUGAUACGCCUGGGAAUGGGCCUUUUAGGGAGGUUGUGGUUAGUUUGGAUGGUAUUGUAGUUGGUGCUGUUUGGCCUUUUACUGUGAUUUAUACGGGAGGGAUCAAUCCCCUCCUAUGGAGACCCAUUACAGGGAUUGGUUCUUUUGAUCUCCCUUCUUAUGAUAUCGAAAUUACUCCGUUUUUAGGAACAAUUUUAGAUGGAAAGGUCCAUGAGUUUGGAUUUAGCGUAACGAAUGCUUUGGAUGUGUGGUACAUAGAUGCGAAUUUGCACGUUUGGUUGGACAAGAAGAAUGUAAAAACUCAAGGACAGCUUUUGAGACACAAAAGCUUGCCUGCUGUUAUUUCUUCAGUAUUAAAUUUUACAGAUCUAAAUGGAAAUUUUUUGACUAGUGCUAGUAGGUCCAUAUCGUCGACUGGUUGGGUGAAAUCAUCCCAUGGGAAGAUCACGACGAAUUCAACUCAAUCAUUCACUUAUAGUAACUUUAUGGUGAUGGGAAACGAUGGGGAUUUGCAGAUUGUGAAUCAGAUAAUCGAUUUCAAUGACAGUGUCAAUACAAACAUGCGAUCUUCUUCUAGUCAGUCAAUGGAAUCAUUUAAACGGUUUCCCCUUUAUGUGUACUCUGAUUAUGUGGAUCAAGGAGAUGGAACUUAUAGUGAUGUGACGAAUCUGACAUUGGGUUUUAAUGAGAAGAGGGUUAAGGCUGAUGGUUUUGGAUUCUUGGUUAGUUCUCUAAAAAAUUUGCAGAAUGCGCAGGGUGUCAUGCUUGUAAUAGGGAGCUCAGUGGUCAGUGGUAUAGGGAGUACACAGCAAGCAUACCAAUAUGAUGGUAGUAAAUUCUGCUAUUUUAGAAAUGUGACCAGCAAGAAUUACACUAUUCUUUAUGAUAAAGUGGGCAAUACUUGCAGCAAAAAAUAUCAGCCUCGUGAGGGUUUUGGGCUUGCCAAAUGGUGGCCUUUUCCUGCUCAGAGGGCCUUUCAGUGAGUAAUGUCAUAUAAGAAAAUGGCGUUGGAUCAUUCAGUUGGUUGAUUCUUCAAUUGCUUCACAAAGGACAUCUCGUAUUAGUGUUCUGGAGAAUUUUGAAGAGUUGGUAGAGUGAUCUUCAACUAUCGUGAAUGUGAAUCAUGUUUUUUCAUGUUGUUGUAAAUUUCUAGUUAUUUGCAUAUAGAUGCCCUUUGUUAUCCUUCAAGUGGGCAGUGAAUUCUUUUCCUUUCUUCGUCUCCACGUUCAUCUUCACAUUAAAUUGUAAAUCAUGUACUACUUCCUGGCUGAAACUGACUUUUGGAAAAUAGGGUAUUGAUACCAGUGCCAUUUGUUCCAUUA